AUGCGCUUCGAGCUCGCCAUGGACCACGUCGGUGUCGGCAUGUCGUUCCGUCAAACGGCUGCUGCCAUCGAUCAUGCCAGGAUCCGCACCAACACGCCGAAGCUGCAGGGCAUGAACGACCUCAUCGUCGCACAGUCAGUCCGUGUUCUGGUGGCCGUCGGGCUGCAGAUAAUCGCCAGGAUAAUCGACGAUCCAUCGGUGUGGGCCUUCUCUCUGGCUGGCGACGGCAGUACUCACUGCGGCCAGUCGUUCUUCGACCUGCGCACCCGCGUUUGUUACCGCGGCUUCCUCGUCAAUCUGCACCUGGUCGCGAUCCCUAUGUUCGAGCGUCACACUGCUCAGAACAUCUUCCGCAUGCUCGUCAAGUUCCUCGACGCGCUGUACCCCAACUGGCGCGCCAAGCUGAUCGACUUUUCAUCGGACGGCGAGAAUACGAUGACUGGGCGUCAUGGGGGGCUGGUGACGCUCAUUGUGAAGGAGGCCGAGAACGACGUCAUUCGAAUCUGGUGUCCGCCUCAUCAGAUCGAUAUUGUGGUCAAGAAAUCCGCCGAGUGCGUCUUCGAUGGCAGCUGGGUGAAGAUCGUGUACGACUUUUCGGUGUACCUCUGCGCCCAAAACAACCUGAUCAUCAAGAUGAAGGUCAAGUGCCCCAGGAAGGCUAACCGAUGGGCCAAUCUCGGGAACGUGCUCAAGUUCUACAAGCAGUACCGCCGAGCAUUGAUCGAGUACACUACUGAGAACAACCCCGCGAAGCUGCCCACCGCCGAUUGGUGGGUUCUUACCUACGCGCUCGCGCCCGCCAUCGACGCCAUCAACGUCACUAUCGUCCAGCUCCAGAGCCAGUCGCUGCUCAUCGCGCAGCAGGAGGAGCAUAUUCAGUCGCUUAUCGGGUCGCUCACCGUUUUGUUCAGUGUUGAGAUUGUUGAUGGCGUCAACAAUCAUGAUGAGGCGUACGUGUCGUAUCAUGAUCAGUCGAUGCGCAUCGCGUCUGCCGCGAUCAUUGCCCACAUUGAGGACCAGGGAUCGUUUGCGCAGGAGAGCUACGAGGGUCUCAAUGAGGUCGACAAGACAAGGAUCGUCAAGGAGAUCUCGAUAUAUGCGAUGACGCUGAUCGCGGGUCUCAACGACGUCAAAGCAGAGCGUAACGACGCCAAUCGAGCUCUCGACCAGGAUGCGGCGCCCGUGAUGCCCGCUCAGCUCGUGAAGAUGCGUCCUGGUGUGUUCGUGAAGGACGUGCUGGCAGUGCGUCGCGUGCAUGUUACGAAAGUCUGGUCAGCUGUGAAGGUCGACAUGGUCGAGGAGGAGCAUCGCCAACUGGUCAAGCUCUACAAGGAGGACACGAUUAUUCACGACGCCAUCAACAAGCACACCAACACGACGACAUUCAACGACGCGUGGGAUGUGCUGCCGAGUGGUUUCGACAACCUCCGCGCUUUCAGCGGCGGGUUGGCAUCGGUGCUCACCAACACGACGGCGGUCGAGUCGGGCUUCUCGAUACUCAAGUGGGAACUCGACGAGUUCCGCAGUUCUAUGAUGCAUCUGUCCCUUGAGGGCAUCUUCCAGACAAAGCAGCAUCGCCUCCUGGUGUCGUUGCUUCGUUAGCGAGCGUAAAUCAAUGAAACAAUGGGGCUCUAUAGAUGAUCUACAUUUAUUCUACAAACUAAUCCUGGCGGUGUCUACAAACUAAGCUAGUCUGUAUAGUUUGUAGAUAUGCACAGUUCUAGGAGGCCUGGGCUACGGGGUAGAGAGGGACAGCCGACUCAAUCUCUCUCGGUGUGUCCCAUCGCAUCCGUCUUUGUUCGAAUGAGCUGCGUGCGUGUGUGUGUGAUGGAUAUUUGUUGUUGUUGUUGAGCGCUUUUCAGGAGGCGCAUGCAAAGGGAGCAGUUCCACGAUUUCCGUCGCGCGGUUCAGGCACUCUCAAGACGCGGGCGCAGUCGGUCAGCGCAGUCUCACGAAGUGGAUCUUUGCUUGUGGGCAGAGGAGUAAAGUCAGACACUGAGGACUGUGAUGAAGACACACGUUGACAAACACGCCAACUCCACAGACGCAAACUCGCACGACGCACAGAAAUACACACAUGCAGACGUGCACACACAUGUACGCAAGCAUACGAACACGCACAUUGGCACAAAUAUUGACACACG